GCUUUCCCUCAGCUCGCUCUCCGCGCUGCAGGGGCCGCCAGCGCCGCGCCCCGGCCCGGGACAGAGCAGCCGCGCUCGCAACGAGGAGACUCCAGAACCCAGGCUGCUUUCAGGAACAUCUCUGUGGAUUCCCAGACUCUGGCACGGUGUAGAAUGGACAUGGUCACAUGAAACAAAAUGCAGAGAAACAGAACCCUUGUUUCUAGUUGCUGGUAAGCAAAAGCAGAUGCAUUGGGGGGAGAGGAACUGGGAUAAGAGAAGGAGGGUGACAGGGUGGGAGAACAUUUUAAAACAAGAAGCCCAAGCCCCUACAUGAAAAAGCUUUCCUAAGGCCACCUGCCCUCUCAGGGAAGAGCUCUACUGUUGUGGAAAAUGAAAAUCUAUCCAGUUAAAAAUAUCUGCAGAGGACUCAAUAGCUGAAGUGAUGGAGUAUGGGGUCAGAGAACUUACUCCGUGUUACACUAGUUCCUUUCCACUGUGGAAGAGAUGGUUCACCACCACACUUUGUAGGGAGUAGGAAUACUCACUUCAUAACCCAGCAAGCCAGUCCUCUGCCAUCACAUGAUGUUUGGGGAUAUGCAUUUCUCUGUAUUGUCUCUGAUUUUCACACCCUGCUUUCGUGGUGGAAAUUAAAUACAGGGAUUACUUGAUGUUUUCCCUGGGUCUCUGUGUGUUUAUCCCAAAGAUUUAGCUUUUCAAAAGACUCUAAUGGUAAUUCAAAAAUCAGUACCUUGCCUCUCCAUAUAAUCUCUUUAGAGUGUCUGGAUGUGUAUAUACAGACAUUCAGGGCAUCCAGCCUUGUCCAGAGACUCGUGAAUGCUGGAAAUCCAAGGAAGCUGGUGUGGGAAAUUUUGGAGUUAAAUAUUGCUUGGGAUAUUGAUUUUGGUUUCUGUAACAAAAGAUCAGAGAAACAGAAACCUUGGUCUGAAAACAAGUGAGCCGGUCUCUCUAUAGUGUAAUAGGCCAGGCGCUGAUGGGGAGAGCCCCAUGGCGAUUGUGGCUCAGACUUAUAGUUUUGUCAGCUGCUAACCUCACUUUCUGGCUUCCAUUUCAAAACCUUGCCUAAUAUCACUGCAGGGGAAGACCUAAAGGAAGUGGGAUGCCCUUCUAAAGGUGCCCAGAACCCUGCAGAUCACUUCAGCUCAUGUUCCCUUGGCCAUCACAUGCUGCCUGCCCUGUGGGAUCGCAUGGGGACUGGGAACUAUGGUUUUGUCCUGGGUAAUGCCUUCUAUUUGUUGAUAAGCCAAACCAGAUUCUAUUCCAGGGAGAAGAAGAAAGAGGGAUAGAGCGAGUAGGAAUUGAGGAGGAAAGAAGACAUUGGAAGCCUGGGUCUCUGCACAGAAGGUCCCGUGGUCAGAGCUGCAAGCCCUGGUUUGUCCCGCUGCAACUACAUGGCUGGAACACAGGAAACCGGCGCUUCGGCAAGCAAGGCUUAUACCCCUAGAAGGAAGAUGGCUGAACUCAACACUCAUGUGAACAUCAAAGAGAAGAUCUACGCAGUUAGAUCAGUUGUUCCGAACAAAAGCAAUAAUGAAAUCGUGCUGGUACUCCAACAGUUUGAUUUUAAUGUGGAUAAAGCCGUACAGGCCUUUGUGGAUGGCAGUGCUAUUCAAGUUCUUAAAGAAUGGAACAUGACGGGAAAGAAGAAGAAUAAUAAAAGGAAGAGAAGCAAAUCCAAGCAGCAUCAAGGCAACAAAGAUGCUAAGGACAAGGUGGAGAGGCCAGAGGUGGGGCCCCUGCAGCCCCAGGCACCACUGGUACAAAAUGGUCACAUGAAUGGCUGCGAAAAGGACAGCUCAUCCCCUGACUCUACCAGAGAAAAACUGGCCCUCACACCACGUGAGAAAAAGAUCUCGAUACUGGAGGAACCUCCAAGGGCUCAGCGUGGGGUCACAGAAGGCGGCAGACUACUGCAGCAGAAAAUGUCCUUAGAUGGGAACCCCAGAGCGAUUCAUGGACCAUCAGAGAGGUCAGAUGGCCCACAGUGGUCAGCUGGGCAGCCUUGUAACCCAAGCAAGCCUAAGGCAAAAACAUCUCCUGUUAAGUCCAAUGCCCCUGCAGCUCAUCUUGAAAUAAAGCCAGAUGAGCUGGCAAAGAAAAGAGGCCCAAAUAUUGAGAAAUCGGUGAAGGAUCUGCAGCGCUGCACUGUUUCUCUGACGAGAUACCGCGUCAUGAUCAAGGAAGAAGUGGACAGUUCCGUGAAGAAGAUCAAAGCAGCAUUUGCUGAGCUACACAACUGCAUCAUUGACAAAGAAGUUUCACUGAUGGCAGAAAUGGACAAAGUUAAAGAAGAAGCCAUGGACAUCCUGACUGCCCGUCAGAAGAAAGCAGAGGAGCUGAAGAGACUGACUGACCUAGCCAGUCAGAUGGCAGAGAUGCAGCUGGCCGAACUCAGAGCUGAAAUUAAGCACUUUGUCAGCGAACGCAAGUAUGACGAGGAGCUGGGGAAGGCUGCCCGCUUCUCCUGUGACAUUGAACAACUGAAAGCCCAAAUCCUGAUCUGUGGAGAAAUUACACAUCCAAAGAACAGCUACUCCUCAAGAACUCCCUGCAGCUCCCUGCUGCCUCUGCUGAACACUCAUGCGGUAGCUUCCGGGAAACAGGGGAAUUUUGCCCGGAAGUCAUCCGGUCACAACAAGCCCUCUGAGGGGAAAGCAGCAAACCCCAAAAUGGUGAGCGGACUUGCCAACACUGCCGAUGCGUGUCACCAGACCAUGCCCACUAACAAGCAGCAGAAUGGACCUUCCAGCCAAAGACGAAGAUUUAAUCCACAGUAUCACAACAGGCUAAAUGGUCCAGCCAAGUCACAGGGUGGUGGUAAUGAAGCGGAUCCCAUGGCGAAGAGCAACAGCCGCCAUGAACACAGAAGACAGCCACAUAAUGGUUUCCGUCCCAAAAACAAAGGUGGUGCCAAAAACCAAGAGGCCCCCUUGGGGACAAAGGCCCCAGAGGCCCCCCCACAUUCUGAAAAGGCCCGUCGAAGGCAGCAUGCUGCAGACAACUUAGAGGCCAGGCCUUUCCGGGGUAAUGUUAGUAGGGUUUCACAGUGCAAUCUUUGUCCCUCUAGAAUAGAAGUUUCCACGGAGGCCACGGUCCUCUCAGUCCCCGCUGUGACGUUGGUGGCCUGAGCUGGGAAAGAAGAGAGCAGGUUUUGCCUGGCUGUGGUUCCCUGCCCAAGGUGCUGACCCAAUCGCUGCCAAAAGAGAGUCAAUCAGAAUAUCCAAGUCCUGUAUGUGUGUGUCAUCCUCUUGCGAUCAUUUUUACUAAUCCUAAUACUCUGCUCUAGCUUGCUUCAGAACUCCCGUGGCUUUGCUUGAUCUGUUGUUGCUUCUCCUCAUCAAGACUUUGCAUCAUGUUAGCCAGCCAGUAUUUACUCAUUGUUAGGAAAAUCGAGCUGUGGCUGAAGACCCGAGGCUCAGUUAGCAACCUCUGUUGUAGCUGUCAACCCAUUGGUUGUCUUUAGAGAGUUAAUGUUGAAACAAGGAACUCUUGGUCAGACAAACGUGAUCAGCUGAAACACGUGUGCUUUUGUAGAGUUUAACAUCUGGUGUUUUUCUGAAAUAUAUAUAAAUAUAUAUCUAUAAACAUAUAUUGCUUUAUUUGAAACAAAUUAAAAUAUGCUGCAUUUGACACCUGGCUUGCUCUUUCUAUCGAUGCCUACCUUGUUGAAUGUUUUCUGUAGCACCUUUGAGAAAAGGUUAGAGAUCGGAAGUUCGGUGCAAAGCUCUGUUUCCUUUGAAAUAAAAACUGAAGAAAUAAUGAUACUCCCUCAGUUACCAUAGGGAGAGGUGCUACACACCCCAAUCAUCUCGAAUGCCAUGUGGUAGUUGGAAACCUUGGACAUAACAAAAUUUACCUCAGCCUAGCUUACACAAUAGAUUAUGAGUUCAUUAGCCAGAGUCCAGUUUUCCCGAUCAUGAUUUCCGCUCCCUUCUCUUAAUUCUGAAUUCUGUCCUCCAUAUUCUGACACUAUAUUCAGCAUGAUAAUAAUGACUAAGCCCCUGAGCGCUCUCACUGGCUUCCGUGUGGGACACUGGUCUUGUCAGAACUCACAGCAAAACUCUGGCAUGAAGUUACUUGUUAUAGACCUGACUGAAGAUCGUCCAUGGAGUGAAUGAGUCAGUAGCAUACACUAGUUAACGGAUAUUUUAGUUAGCAUACCCAUAGUCCACCUGUGGCACUGAAGCACUGCUUAUGUAGAGGAGACUACUGUUGCAUCAGGGAGGGAGAGUGGGCAUAGAGUACCCCCAAACCACAGGGCCUCAGUUCCCCUAUCUUUUGACUGCCAGGCAUGCUUUGCUGACUGCUUUCAUGUGCAAAUGCACCCUUUCAACUCCAUGUUGAGAUUUUUUUCUGACAACCCAGGUUCACUGGUUCUUGUCCUCCAAACAGCUGAGCCUGCUAGCCACACAGGCAUCUGUUUCUUCUUUUGCCAAGUACAGGCGAAUGUUUGCUCUCUCCAGAGCUUUCUGAGGUCGCUGAGUGUACCCAGAGAUUUAACAGGAAUUCCAAAUGUCAAGUCACAUUCCAGGAAGGAAGGAAGAGAAACCCAUUCAAAUAAGAAAAGAUGAAUUCUUGGGACCAUAGUCUCUGUUUACCCUGUCUGAGACUCUGAAUUUAUAUCUUACAAAUCAGAAGGAUUUUUUUUUUUUUUACACAAGUUCUAUGUAGCAAGAUUCUGCUCAACCCCUGAAAAAUGGCAGUUGGAAUGUGGCAGCUGUAAAGGCAGAGGCAGAAAAUUCUUACAAAAUGAAAGAAAAUGGCUGGGCCAGGUAAAAAAUGUGCCUGCUUUGUCAGAGUUCAAUCCAGCCACUCCUGUCUUCUCCCACACCCUCAGGAUACCCUGGAGUUAAGAAAGCUCAGACACAUUCCCAAGAACAUAGCAAACACUCCCAGGUCACUGGAAAGAAGCAAAAGAAUGAUAAAAAGUAUUCAGACCUGAUCACAUUGUUUCCUAGACUUUAGCCUUAGACUCUGGCAUGUGAUCAUUUUUGAAUUUGCAUUUUAAAAUGGUAAUUAGAUACUUUAGGUCUUUGAAAUAAAUACUCUGUCACAUUUCUUCA